AUGCGCUCAUUCACUAUUUUGACCGCCCUCGCUGCGCUGGCAACGUCUACUCUCGCUUCCAUUGACUCCAACGGCCACACCGCUCGACCUCACGGAAGACGAUCGCAACGGUCGACGAUGCGUCGACUGCGCCGGGCUGAACCUGUAGAAGGUGAGGUGUGCUGCUGUACCUAUGACUGCGCCACGUGGCUUGGGAUUCCCAAAUCCCGAGGACCACGGAACGUAGCCCACCUCUACGCCGCGCGGAUGAUGUUUCUUCGGAAUCCGGUCGAAUGUGGCUCAACUUGCCGAAAUUCGCGCAGCAGAACCACGUGCGCGAGGCGCUAGCGCGCCAAGUCGCGUGGAAGAGGUCCCGACAUGAGAUGACGCCAAAUCGGUACUUUACGCCGCAGCACCGACUAAUCCCUACUUUUUCUACUCCUGGAUCUACCUACCUAUUCACAGUCCUGAAGCUCGCCGUUGUGGUUUCGCCUACUGCUCCAUCGGCGGGGGCCGAUGAUUUGUCUGCCACAUCCGUUGCUGCCUCUUCAAGCGAGGUAGCCAAGACCAGCAAGCGGGCGGCGACCUCGACCACGCGCGCGCAGACCUCGACUACGUCCACGGCUUCCAAGUCCAGUCCUACCCCGAUCAAGAUUUCAACACCGUCUUACAACUCGACCGCCAUCUGGUAUGCCACCACGGGCUUUGUAACAUCGUGCAAGGUUACCAUCUCGUGAGUCGCGAGCGUUUCCGCCUCCUCUCGCGUUAUGCUGCCCUCGGAGCGCUGACUCGAUCUGAAUGGGCAACGACAACAAGGAACGACGACGACAUCAUCGCUCUUCCGGAAGCCUUGUACUCCAAUGGACACCAGGUGUCAGACUUCUGUGGUCAAUCGGUCCUUGCGACGAACCCCACGACGGGGGCGCAGGUCGUUCUCAAGGUCGCAUCGGCCUCGUGGCGCAGCGAAUACACAAUCGUCACUCGGAAUACCUUCAUCGCGCUUGGCGGUGUGCCCGUUGAAGGCGAGUUGCCGAUAAGUUUCCAGUUCCUUCGAGCCUCGGUAGCCAAGGAAGCCGUGCAUGAGGUCAAGCUCUACGCCGUCUCUUCGUCGGCGGCCGCGGCGGCGUCAGCUUCGAGCGCCGACGCCGCUGCUUCCGAGUCUGCAUCUCUCUCCAAAGCCGCCGCGUCCAAAUCUGUAUCCCUUGCAGCCUCUGCUUCGGCUGCGUCUUCCCGAAGCGCCGCCGCCACCGCCAAGGCCGACGCCAAGGCCAAGGCCGAUGCCAAAGCUAAAGCUCAAGCCCAAGCGGAUGCCGAUGAAGCCGAGGCGCACUCCUCUUCUGUGGCUGCUUCCGCAGCAGCAGCAUCCAAGGCCGCCGCCGAGCGAACAACAACCACCGAGCCCAAGAAGACGACUGCCCCCAUUCUUGCCAAGGAGGAGACGACGGAGAAAGCCAAGCCUACGCCUGUAAAGGCCGUUGUCGUUGCGACGACUCCCGCCACGGCAACCACGACCAGCGCCGCGAGCAGCGGCAGCAGCAGUGGCGGUAACAGCAGUGGCGGUAGCAGCAGUGGCGGUAGCAGCAGUGGCGGUAGCAGCGGUAGUGGAGGAUCCGGUGACGCGCACACUGGCGGAUACGCAACCUUCUACACGCAAAAUGGUGUCGCCGGGAACUGCGGUACCGUUGCUCAAGACUCUGACUACGUGAUCGCGCUCCCUACGGCGAUGUACGCCAACGGUGCUCACUGCGGCAAAAAGAUCGUCGUCACUCGAGUCUCCGAUGGGGCCAAAGUCACUGCCACCGUUCGGGAUUCGUGCCCGGUAAGUUCCAAUCGUUGCGUGGAUGCUGUGUCUCUGCUAGAUCAUUCGCUGAAGAUCAUUCGCUGACCUGCCGUCGUGACGCCUUGCGCAGUCUUGCGUCAACAACGAGUGCCUCGACCUCUCGGUUGCUGCGUUCACUGCGAUCGCCACUGAGGAAGAAGGCAUGGUCUCUAUUACUUGGCAAUGGGUUGCUUAA